GGAGGAUUAGGCAAUACACCUGACUGUCAAGUUAAAUGCGCCUACCUGUCACUUCCUGCUAUCGACCCUGCGGACCAAACGUUACGACCUUGGCUUCAUGUUCGGCUCAAAGGAGGAGUAACCCCGCUGGAUGCUGCUGGGAAAACAUCGCUCGGGUUUAAUUAACCACCGCGGCUGGACGCGUUUGAAUGUGAAGAUCGUCUUGUUUAUUAAUACAGCCGCAGCAGCAGGAGCAGCGAGGGAAAUGUGCCUGGUGGAAAGGCAUGGAUGAGAGGUUAUGUGUGCCCCCCAGCUGAAGGCCUCUGUUGCCCUGACCUGUGCAUCCCACCAGUCCCUCUGUGAGCAUGUAUCGCAGGAACGGACUCUUGGAUGGCACCAGCAUCAAUUCAGUCACCUCAGAGGCAAGCAGCAGCUCUGAUUCUGUGGAUGGACCUUCUGUGGACUACGCCAAGAGUUACGAUGCAGUCGUCUUUGAUGUGCUGAAGGUGACGCCUGAGGAGUUUGCUAGCCAGAUCACCCUGAUGGAUGCACCAGUCUUCAAAGCGAUACAGCCAGAGGAGCUGGCCAGCUGUGGGUGGAAUGGGAAAGAGAAACACAGUUUGGCCCCCAAUGUGGUCGCAUUCACGCGCAGGUUCAACCAGGUGAGCUUUUGGCUGGUGAGAGAAAUCUUAACUGCCCAGACGCUGAAAAUCCGAGCAGAAAUCCUGAGCCACUUUGUCAAAAUAGCAAAGAAACUGUUGGAGUUGAACAAUCUUCAUUCUCUGGUGUCAGUGGUGUCUGCUCUGCAGAGCGCUCCCAUCUUCAGACUGAGCAAGACCUGGGCGUUGAUCAGUCGGAAAGACAAGGCCACAUUUGAGAAGCUAAACUAUCUGACAUCCAAGGAAGAGAACUACACCCGCAUGAGAGAGUACAUUCGCUCCCUGAAGAUGGUGCCCUGUAUUCCGUACCUUGGGAUCUACCUGUUGGACAUGAUCUACAUUGACUCAGCCUAUCCUGCAUCGGACAGUAUCAUAGAGACAGAGCAGCGGACCAAUCAGAUGAACAACCUCCUGAGGGUCAUCUCUGACCUGCAGAUGUCAUGUAACUAUGAUUACCUGGUGACCCUGCCACAUGUCCAGAAGUAUCUGUUGUCAGUUCGCUACAUAGAGGAACUCCAGAAGUUUGUGGAGGACGACAACUUCAAGCUGUCUCUGAAGAUUGAACCUGGCAACAGUUCACCUCGCAUCGCUUCCUCUAAAGAAGACCUGGCAGGUCUGUCUGAAGUAUCUGCCUCUCUGAGGUAUAACCGGCGGCCUACCUGCCCUGACGCCUCUGUGGGGGUUCAUAUCCCCACCCCACCUCCCUCUCACCACAGGAAGAGCCAUAGUCUGGGAAACAAUAUGAUGUGUCAGUAUGGCAUGUCAGAGAGCAGGAGUGCAACGUUUCCCAUAGAGAAAGCACGACACCUGCUGGAUGACAGCUUCUUAGAGUCUCAGAGUCCAGUCAGGAAUGAUCCUCACAGUACCUCUGUGUCCAACGGUCUGUCAUUAGGCAGCAGUCAAAGCUCUUUUGGGGAAGAGCUGUCACCUGGAAUGGAGAGGGGCCGCAUGUACGCAACACUGGGCCCCAAUUGGAGGGUCCCGCUUCGCAACUCCCCCCGGAGCCGCAGCUAUGUUUACAGCUCCUCUGCUGCCAACUCCUGCUAUGGAUGCAGCGAGGCGGGCAGUGUGACCAUUGAAGGACCCCUGCGAAGGAAGACGCUGCUGAAGGAGGGACGGAAGCCCAGGUUGUCAUCGUGGACCAGAUUUUGGAUCACUCUGUCUGGAUCAACACUGACGUUCUAUGGGGCGAAAGCACUGAGGGCCUCUGAGAGGAAACAUUACAAGUCCAGCCCAUGUAAGAAGGUGUGUGUUACUGGAUGGAUGGUGGUACUGCCAGAUGACCCUGCCAGACCCAACAUCUUCCAGCUCAACGACCCAGACAAAGGCAAUGUUUACAAGUUCCAGACAGGAUCCAGGUUUUCAGCGAUCAUCUGGCACAAAAACCUGGAAGAGGCUUGUAGAAGUAGUAGACCUCAGAUACCAGCAAACCUCAUGUCAUUUGAAUGAGAGCAGACCAGAAGGACAUUAUUGUGCCAAAACCAUUUGUUUGGGAAAUAAAGACUGAAUGAUGGAGCACAGUGGAAUUUGAUGGUAUCUACUGAAACGCCAGUCAAGAAGCAUUUGACAGUAUAGAAGAAGCUCUCUACUGAUACUGAACGUGUGACUGCAUAUGCCAACGUACCUGCUGUCGGCGAAGACAUCAGGACUAAGUGUAAUGUAAACUCUGGUCAUUGGAAUACUUUGGUGAGGAUGUCCCUUGUUUCUUUCUCUAGGCUUCAUAGUUCACGGUCAUUCGUUAUGCUGCUAAAAACAUGUGAGCAAGCACAUAGUUGUUGUUUUUUUGUUUUUUUUGGCCCAUGUUGGGUUUCUGUUUGGAUGAAAAGAUGCUUCAGUGCACAAAUGUAGACAUCAGUGUUAGUCGACUGACGUUUGGACGGUUUGCAGACCAGUGUUAUAUGGCCUUCAAAUGGAGCUCAGGUUUUACACAUGGAGAGCUGAGAGAGACCCCCCUGCUGUUAAAGUGAAACUGCUGUUGCAAUGUUUUUCUGCAUUUCAGCAUCAUACCGAGAAGGAGGAGAAGGGAGGGAAGUGAACGUUUUGAUGGGAGUUUGGAUGGGAAAAGGUCUGCAGAUGUGAGCAUGAAAAACGUGACUCUGUUUGAAGGCCUCAUUAAUACCAUUAAAAGAUCAGCACUGUAGCAAAAAGGACAGACGAUGAGACUUCAUCACCUUCAGUGCUGUGACAUACAGCUGGACUGAGUUUGUUCCAAAAUAAGAGAAUUAGUAGUUGUACAAAAACAGUAUGGAAUCAUGAUGUUGGCUUUAAGAGCCAGCGUUGAAUUGUUGGUCAAAUGAAGAAGCAGCCCUGGAUCAGUUCACCUGUUCACCCCCUGCUACCUCAGCUGGUAGUCCUCCUGUAAAAGCUGUUUGCUGAUGUACAUAACAAGGUUUACAAAUCGCAACAAUUAAUAUUUUGUACAGAACAAAUCAAAUCGUGUCAAACACCAUGGAAACAGUCCUGAACAAGGUGAUAAUUAAACCAAUAACACAGCCAGCUGUUGUCUACACCAGUGUGUCGAGGCAGCUGGUGGAGUGAAUAUAAAGCAAUUAACAUUGAAGUACCAAGCUUUCAACAAUCACGUGUGUGUAAAUACUGUAUUUAUUUGUAAAAGAGUUUAUUUUUUGACAGUUGGCCAUCAAAGGGAAAUGGUACGAUGAAUUAUCUUUGUUCGCCACCUGCUGCAGGAAGCUGCUCCUCAGAGAGACUCUUGGUGGGAAGCCACCCUAAAACAGAUUGUUUGAUCUCCACCUGAAGGACUCUGGAAUAAGGGAAGACUCCAUUAGCGUUGGUACUGUUAAGUAAUCAUGCUUUAAAAACAAAAUGUUAUGUUGAAUUGAAAGGAUAAUUCUGCUUUAAUACGAGUUGGAUUGGACUUUAUUUUUCGCAAUCAUUCCUGUCGGUAAAAACGACAUGACUCCGAGGUAAUUAUUGAGACGUGGGAACACAGCAAAUGAAGUUUAGAUAUCUGUGGGUCUUGUUCAUUAGUGAGGGAAACAUGAUGCAUAGGAUGGACAGGUGGAUAGGUGCUGCGUCUGGUUGGCUUGGCUCAUCCACAGAGAUUGGAAGAAGGCAUCAUUAGGGUUGGGUCAUGGUAGAAAACAACCAGUAUGACGUUGUCCAGUCAUGUCUAAAGGCAGCGGCUUCCUCGCUGCUCUGAGCUGCCUCAGAGGACUCCACCCACCUGACACUGUAACUUACAGAUGUUGUCAGAUGCAGGCCACGCGAGUCCGGACAUUUGACAGAACGAGCAUUGUGUCCAGCAGUUUUUCUUACUUUCUGAAACAGCCACACCUGCUCUGCGCACUGAUUGGCUGGCUGUGUGGAGGUAUGGAAGCAGACAGUGUAGCUACUUCUAACUACUUCAGUCACUGUUUUCAAGUACAAUUCUGUGCAGCACAAAGAAUGCCUCAAAGAAAAGAGAGACACAUUUUGACAAGUGUGCACCGUUUAUCUCCCCCCUCUCUAGGACAGGUGAUCUCUUCACCCCCACCUUCCAACGUGGCCAUGCAGAACACCUGUAAACACUUUCUCCCUCAGACAUGGCUGGAUGACACUUUGUGUGAUGUAGUUUGUUAAGCACUGCGGUGACGCCCGGUAGGAGGUAAUAGAGAAGAGAAUUCCUGCUGCUGUGCAGUGAAAGAAGUCAGCUGAGGUGGUUCUGGCGUCUGAUAAUGAUGCUUCCUGAAUGCCUCCCUGUGGAUGUUUUUGGGGCAAAUUCAAGGGCAAGGACUGAGGCAGAUCCAGAUUGUCCCAUCCGGCUUGGUAAUGCCCUGGAGGUUGUGAGAAUGACGUAGGCCUGGAUAAACAGUGUGAGAUGGAUGGACAGAUAGGAACAUGGCAACAUCACAAAACAUCACACAUUAAGUCAAAUGUGAGCAAUCCACCGAUCAGACAGGUUACAGUAACUUAUCAGGAAGACAAAAUAAGGUGAAAGUUCAAAUUAUCAUUAUUACAACCAUCCAACGCAGUUUAUGGGCCUGCUUGCUACUUUCUGUUGUACUUCCAAUAGUUGCGUGCAGACACUGUUCAAUGAGGAAUAUUUACAACACAUCAUGAAAUAAAGUGGUUUAGAUGAUCUGGUUAGUUUGUGGUAACCUGUCUGAUCAUCUGAUGUUCCCAGAUCUCUUUAUUACUUUCGGGGCAGUUUUAUCGUCAUCAUACUUGAUGGAAACGACGGCCAAAGCUGUGAAAAGAAGAUCGAAGUUGUUAUAAACUGGAAUUAUCCUUUGAGAGUAGAACUCAGAAAAUGUUGAUGUUAAACAUUUACUAGUGGAUGUCAUAUUGUUUCCCUGUUGUAAAUCAUGAUAACUGUCCGUCAUUUAUGAUAUGAGUUGUAAUGGUGGCAGAAAAACAGGAAUGAAAUCAUCACUUGUCGAGGAUAAUCACUUUGUUAAGAAUAUUAUCAGUUUAGUAUUCUUUUUUUAUUAUCGUUUCUUUUUGCAGAUCCCAUUCAUGUGUUGUUGACUAAAAUCUUUAGUGGACUAAUAGUCAGGAUUUCUUCAACUAGUCUAAUUUUUCUCUCCAGAAUUAUUAUCUGCCUUCAGAUGGAUGCAGUCAUGAAGGCUGUUUUAAAUUCUAGAGGACCAUAGUGGUGAUAAUAUCUGUUUAAGCCCAUUUACUACAGAUCAUAUACUUACACUUACAACACAGCUGAUCAUUCUGCAGAUCGUGCUGCUGUGUUUCAGAAAUUGGAAUUGACUGUUUUGAUCGUUUCAGGCAUUCAGUGGAUUCCGUUCAAUUUCUGUAUGGUAAGAAAAUCAAUUAGCAAACUCUUGCUUGACUCUUGUAAUCCCCACAGUGAACAUUAGCGCAUGCCGGACUGCUACAUAUUUCCCAUUAUUAUCUUAUUUCAGAUAUAUCCGGGGUAUGCCGUGCAUGUCAGUCAAACAGUAACAAGAUUGAUAAGAUCAGUAGAGAAACAUCAAAGAUACCUUUGAGGUCAUUUCGACACAUUUCAUAGUUUGUCCACCAGAGAGCAGUGAAGUCUCCUGUUAGCCAUGCUAGCAUCGCGGCUUGAGGGAUAGCAGUAUCAAUCAUUCAGCUGUUCAGGUUCCCAUUGAAAAAAAAAUCAGAUUCUAAACAAGUUCAAUUAUAAUGGUUUUGGUGAUCCUCUGACUUUUCAUCUUACUCCAUCACAAGGUCAAUAUUUUAAUUUGUCCAAUUCUUUGGUGUAUGACCAACCAGCUGCAACACUAAUGACAUUCCUAUUAGCCUCAGCUGUACUUUGUGUUUAGUGCUACUUAGCUAACAUUCUAAACCAAGAUGCUGAACAUGAUGAGCAUUAUACAUGCUAAAUGUUAGCAUGCUAGCAUUGUGAACACGUUGACAUUAACAUUCACCUUAAAGGAUUGCUGUGCGUAAUAAAGCCUCACAGCGCAGCAAGUAUGACAUGAAAUACAAGCAUGAGAAUCAGUCAUUUUGGAUAGAAGUCCUGGAAACAGAAGAGGCACACUGCACAGAGAACAAAUAAAUACAAAAAUACGUGUGACCCAUCGUGUCCUCUUGAUGGCGAUCAAAGUGACAAGGACAGGUCAUGAGACGGCUAAAGACCUGAGCUUUUCUUCCAAACUUCUGUCAGGCUCAUCAGGUCUGUGUUUCUUUUAGUCAGUGGUACAUUACUGUUAGGAGCUAAUGUAGUGUAGACUGUUCAGGAGUGCAGCUUUCAUGGGACGGAUUACACAAGUUUCAAGGGUCUGCUAAUUGACUAAUUGACUGUGAAAUUGAAUGGAAACCACCGGCUGCCUAGGAUGAUAAUUUUGGCUAUAAUUUUCCUCUAAUCUGUAGGGAAUAUUAGGCAUUCCUCAUAAAUAUACCAUAAAAUGUCCACUCUUACCACUUAUCAGCUGUGACUGAGCCUGUGUUUUUCUGUACUGUUUAGUAUUGUACUGUUUGAUUGAUGCAGUUCAGCUGAACAAGGUGUUCUGCACUGAUUUACAUUGCACACAUUUUGAAUUCGCUCGCUGUCACGUCACUCCGCUGUCGCUGGAUAUCAGUGCCAGUAUAUGUUCCUUGAGAACAUUUGAUUUUGCACAAGGCAGAAACAGCAUGGUGGCCCCCAGUACAUUCACUGUAUAAUGUUAAUGCUGGGAUCGUGGCAGAAAGGCUCUGCUCAUUUGUCUUCAAAGCUUUCUGCUGCUAUUGUUUGUUCAGUCUACUGCUGACCUUACUUCAGAUCAUAGUGGCUGCUGAUGUGUGUGUUAGAUAACACUCUAAAGGAAGGCAGGAUGUUGCUGACAGCCAUCAUGCACACAUAAACAGUCAAUCAACAGCAAUUAAAUCACAAGCCAAAGAACCACAGCCUCCAAAACAUGAGCGUGUUCCACUGAAGAACUAAUACACUUUGCCAUGAUUUAACUUGAAUUGUUAAACACUGGACUCAUCAGUUUCAUGCCAACUAUGUGCCACCACAGUUUCCAUUUACGUGUCUCUGUACAGUAAGUCAGUCUGAUUUGACGGAUCGUUGAAAGAGUGGUCACCAGCAGGCAGACUAAGCUUUAUCAAGUGAACUGUACCUGUUAGAUGAGUGGGUUUAAAAACGCACAUUUUUCUAUAAUUUGUUCCUAAAAAUAAUUCAUGCCACUGCCUUGUCAGCAUGUGCCAGGGACUUUUCCAAAAUGCAGCCAUCAACAGUUUAGACGCAGCUUGACCCAACAUUUCUCUCACAAAUCACCAAUUUAGAAUCAAUUCCCUCAUCCCCCCUAAGUUUUUUCUACAACUGAUUAUCCAAAUACAUUUGAUGCAAAGUAGUGUAUGUUAGCAUCAGUGUGUACAUGAUUACAUCGUAUCACUGUCCAGUUUGUUUUCAUGAAGUAUUUCAACAAGUAUUGCUUCUUUCAGUUGUUUUUGAUACUUAUGUGUGUUGGAUCUAACUACACAGACUCACAGCAGUUUGUGGAAGUCGUGAAAUGUAAUCUAUGGGAUUGAUGUGUUAGUGGCUCUCAGCAUGACUUCAAACGCAUUUCAUUGGAAGUAUCUUUCAGGCCUGCAGCACGCCCACCGUCAAUCUCAUUCCACAGUCAAGUUAGCAAUAAUAAAUCUGAAACAUAAAUGUGCAAAUAUGCUAUGUUAGAUUUUCAAAAUAAAGCUUGCUUGGUUUCAGAUAAAAGAACUGCUUCCUUGAAACAAUCAACAUUGACUAUUGGUUUCACACAGGAGUCAGACCUGGUCUCUUCCCGAACCACUUCACGAUGUGGACCUUAUCCUUCUUUAUACUGUGUUUGUCCUGAAGUCCUGCUGAGUGUCAGACCAUUCGUGUCCAUGUUCAUGAAUCUGUAGAUCACAUUUCCUGACUACGUCACAAACUGCCUUGAUGCUGGGCUGGAUCCAAACAGGUUUCCUCUGAGCAAAAAACGGAUUGUGUUCUGUGGGACUUUGCAUGUAUUUUUGUGUACAAACUUUCUAGUGUUGUAACUGUGAAAAGAUAACCACUGGGUCGUGAUUAUCAGUCUGUAAUUAUUUUGCUAAGUUAUUUUUUACCAUGGCAUUGCUAUUUGUUGCUGUAUUUUUCAGCUUCGGACACUGAAUUGGGAAUAAAAUUUCUGUACAGAA